CCCCGGGGAAGGGCAGAGGGGAGGCCCGGCUCAGCGCGUCCUUUCGCCGCCGCCGCCGCUGCGUGGCUGGGCUGGGCGGGCCGGGAAAUGCGGGCGGCUCCCUCCUGCCGCGGCCCGGCCUCUUGGCCCUGGCUGCUCGGGGUUUGCUGCGCCGGGAUCCUGCUGGCCUCGGGGACCGCUGGAGCCGGGCCGAAGGGGCCGGUCCCUCCGCCCACAGAUGGCAUGAAUGUUCUCUUCAUAGUAGCGGAUGAUCUGCGUCCCGCUUUGGGCUGUUAUGGAGACAGCCUUGUAAAAUCUCCAAACAUUGACCAGCUUGCAUCUCGAAGCGUUGUGUUCCAGAAUGCCUAUGCUCAACAAGCUGUGUGUGCUCCAAGCAGAGUGUCAUUUCUAACUGGACGCAGGCCUGAUACCACACGGCUUUAUGAUUUCCACUCCUACUGGAGAGUACAUGCAGGAAACUAUUCCACAAUCCCCCAGUACUUCAAGGAGAAUGGCUACACGACCAUGUCCGUAGGAAAAGUGUUUCACCCUGGGAUUUCAUCCAAUCAUAGUGAUGACUAUCCGUAUAGUUGGUCCCUUCCACCUUUUCAUCCCUCUGCUGAAAAAUAUGAAAACAGUAAGACUUGUAAAGGAAAAGAUGGAGAGCUUCAUGCCAACUUGGUUUGCCCAGUCGAUGUGGCAGAAGUGCCCUUGGGUACCUUGCCAGAUAUACAGAGCACUGAAGAGGCCAGACACUUAUUGAACAUCAUGAAAAUAAAGAAUCGUAAAUUCUUCCUGGCUGUUGGUUAUCACAAACCACACAUCCCCCUGAGGUAUCCUCAGGAAUUUCUCAAGCUGUACCCGCUGGAGAACAUCACCCUAGCCCCAGACCCUCGGGUACCUGAAGAACUGCCUGCUGUCGCAUAUAACCCCUGGACGGAUAUCCGACAAAGGGAGGACGUCCAGGCUUUAAACAUCAGCUUCCCUUAUGGACCAAUUCCAAAAGACUUCCAGCGGCAGAUUCGUCAGAGCUAUUUUGCAGCAGUUUCUUACCUGGAUACGCAGGUUGGCCUGCUACUGAAUGCCUUGGAUGAUGGGCUCUCGAAUAACACAAUUGUGAUAUUUACUGCUGACCAUGGAUGGUCUCUGGGUGAGCACGGAGAAUGGGCGAAAUACAGCAAUUUUGAUGUCGCUACCCGAGUGCCACUGAUGUUCUAUGUACCAGGGAAGACAUCUUCCUUUGCUCGUCCAGGAGAGAGAAUCUUCCCCUACCUUGACCCCUUCACCCAUAUAUCGGACUCUGUAGCUGCAGGAAAAGCCAAAAAAAUGGUUGAACUUGUAUCUCUCUUCUCAACGCUCGCGGAACUUGCAGGCCUGUGUCCUCCAGUGUGCCCUGAGCCUUCAUUUCAUGUUGCGCUCUGCACCCAGGGGCCUAGUAUUGUCCAGCAUUUUAACUCCCCUGAAGAAGAGGAUGACUAUGACAAAGACUAUGACAUUGAAGAUGACCAUGAGGAGCUUAGCUUUCAGCCAGUAUCACGACCUGCAGACAUUCCUGAAUGGGACUCUGAUAAACCAGAGUUGAAAGACAUAAAAAAUGGGUAUUCCAUGCGUACCAUUGACUAUCGCUAUACUUUAUGGGUUGGGUUUAAUCCCAGUAACUUUAGUGCUAAUUUGCAGGAUGUCCAUGCAGGAGAGCUGUACAUGGUAGGAAGUGAUCCCAAUGAGGAUCAUAACAUAUAUAACAGUAGUCUGCAUGGGAAUCUUGUCAAAAAGUUUCUUAGGUUCUUGAGGUGUUAGGUCUGGGGAUGCUCCCUGUGCGUGCACUCUUGCUGCUGAAGUAAUAUGACGCUUUCCUUUUGUAUAAACUUUGUUGUACACAAAGCACCUGGCUGAAUUAAAAUCCUGUUUAUACAAAAA